AUGUCCGGCGCGGACGAAAAUCCAGCGAGCUCCACGCGGAUUCCAGGAUUCUCUCUUGCGGCCGUCGGUGUGACAUCCUUCGGUGGGGAGGGGUUCCAGUUGGGCCAGCUCUCCCCUGGUGCUGACCCGGUGGCCCUUGAAGAGGGCAUUGCGGCGAGGCGGGCUUCGGAGGAGGAGCGAUGGCAGAAGGCGAUGGACGACCUGCGUGCUGCAGAGCAGCAAGACGGGGCCGGGCCGAGUGGGUUGACCGGAGGAGCUGCCGUCGGGGGGGGGAGGCAGGGUACCAUCGAUCAGUACGUCACGACUCGAGUUGGAGAGCGGCAGCUGCGCGAGGGCCUCGUCAUGCAGUUCGCCGGCCUUGACAUGUCGUUCCGUUCUAUCGUCAGGCCAGCGUUUCGUGAUUUCGUGACCCUGCUUAACCCCGUUGUGGCACAGUAUCUCAGUACCCGUUUCCGCCUUGCGCGGGACCUGCUGUCCGCGGCCGAGACGGCUAAGGCUCAGCUGCGACAGCUACUGACGGGCGACGGUCUGGCGGGGCGGGUGACACUCACCACGGACAUAUGGACUAGCGAGAACAACGUCGCCUUCAUGGUGGUGACUGCUCACCGAGUCACCUCGGACUUCCAGCUGCAGCAGAUGGUGAUCGACUUCCGGUCGCUGGAGGGCCGUCACACGGGGGAUAAGAAUGCGACUGAGCUGGAGGAGGUCAUAGGGGAGUGGGCGUUGGGUGGUGGUGAGUUCUUCGGCGUGACGACGGACAACGCCGAGAACAACAACCGGGCGGUUCGUCUGCUGUCCGGCGUGCUAGACGACACACCGGGCUCACGUCUGCGUGACCCCCCCGUCACGUCCCUGGCUCGGCACUUCAAGUGUGUGGCGCACGUCCUGAACCUCGCAGUGCAGUACGCAUUCAAGAUCGAGCCGGUGGCCGAGGCGCUCCGGAGGCUCCGUGCUGUGGCUAGCUACAUAGGGUGGUCGAUGGUGGUGAGGGGGUGUGAGCUGCCAAUCCCUCUCACAAUGUACUUUGACGAGUCUUCUCUGCCAAACAUCACGAAGACGACACGCACGGCCUGGGCAGAGAUCAGGCUGUCCGACGCCCACUGGACUGCUCUCAACGAGCUGCGGGCUUUCCUGGAGCCGUUUGACAGCAUCAUCCUCAAGCUGGAACGUCACAUGGGGAGGGUGAGCGAGGAGUGUGCGAUUGCCACCUUCCUCGAUCCUUGGCUCAAGACGGCAACCUUCAGGCUCAGUGCCCGGGGGGCGAGACCUACUGCGCCCAUUGUGGUGACGGCGGGGGGGCAUGCCAUGGGUGCCAGGACACUCGACCUGACCGAGGAGAGGGUGAAGGCGCUCGUGCGCGAGCGCCUUCCACCCUACCAGACAGCAGCCCGUGCAGCGGCAGAGACGCGCCUUGGGGGUGAGGUCACGAGCGCUAGAGGAGUGACGGGGGAGGGUGCGGCGAGGAGCGGGGCUGCAGGGCGCAGGGGGGCCAGGUCGCGUGGCGUGCUGGACUUUCAGGCUAGGCUGUUCUCUGAGUUGGCCGAGAUGGAGGCAGAGGAGGGGGUGCGGGCACAGGACGAGGUGGGUGCGCCUUAG